AUGCACGCCGUGCGCGCGUACGCCCGCCCCGCGUCCGCGAGCCGCCGACCAACCCUCGGUCGCCAAUCCAUCGCCGCGCCGCGUCGUGGUUUCACCGUCUCCGCGCGCGCUUCGGAUAAGACGGUGGAGAAGGGCGAUGCCGUCGCGAUUCACUACGUCGGCACGCUCGAGGACGGCACGACGUUCGACAGCUCGAGAGAACGAAACGAACCGAUUAAAUUCACCGUCGGCAGCGGGAUGAUGAUCCCUGGGUUCGACAAGGGCGUCCUCGGAUUGGCUGUCGGUCAAAGCAAGACGAUCAAAUGCGCGCCCGCGGAUGCGUACGGGGAGGUGCGACCGGAAAAUAUCCUCAGAGUGCCGAAGAAGGACGUCGUGGACGCGGUGGGUGAAGAUUUCGUCAAAGUUGGCGAAAAGCUGAUGGUCGGACAAGGCAUGCCGGCGGAGAUCAUCGAGGUGACGGACAGUGAGGUGGCGCUGGACGCCAAUCACCCGUUGGCCGGGAAGACGUUGAACUUUGAUAUCGAGCUCAUGAGCUUGGAC